AAAUGCAUAAACGCAUUUGCACGGACAGUCUUAAAUAGUCCGGCUUGCGUUCGCCAUGGGUACCAAAUUGUUGAUCUUGUCAAUUUUAUUACAAAUAUCUUAUGUAUUUACAAUAAUCGAGAACUGCCCAAAUGAAGAAAGAGGUAGUUUAGCUUUCAUCAUCGAGGAUGCGUCAUCAAUGGCGGUUGAUAUUCAGCAAGUGAAAGCAGGCAUCGACGGCGUAUUCGACGCAGUGCUGAAGUCGAAAUCUUCACCUAUAGAAAAUUUCAUUUUGGUCUCAUUCGAUGAUUCUGAUGCCCGAACAGCAAUAUUGACUCGCGAUCGUGUUGAGUUUAAGCAAGCAUUGAGCAAUAUUCAUGCGGAUGGAGUCGCAGGCUCAAAAUAUAGUCUAUCGGGUAUAGAACACGCUUUGGAGAAGAGCUUGCCGUUCUCUUAUCUAUACGUGUUUACCGACGCACCCGCCAAGGACUCCUUGAAGUACGAACUGAUAAAAAGACUCGCUCAGAUGAAAUCUUCACAGAUAUCAUUCAUCUUAACUGGGAAGCAUAAUUAUGAACAGGAUCCUGAUUAUUCCGUGUAUUACACCUUAGCAAGAGCAACGUCGGGACUAGUUAUGCAUGUUGACAAACCUGAUGUUUCAGAGAUAAUGUCCUUCAUUGGAGAAAAAGCGGAAUAUUGUUCGUCUGUCAUCUAUAAUGGCGCACUUCAACCUGGCUAUGGACAAGAAGUAAAAUUCAAUAUUGAAGAACACCAAACAGACGUGAAAAUAUCAGCAUUUGGAAAUCGUCCGAAACUCGAAGCUGUCAAUAAUAAUCAAAAUGUUAAACAAGAAACUGAAGUGAGAAUUGAUACCGAACUAAUGAUCGUAGUGAAUCUUCUCACAAACGAGCCUGGUGAAUAUACCGCUGUGAUGGGAAGCGAGAGCGCUACGAAAGUAAAUAUUGAUGCCGUCAAACCCAUCGGCUUUGUGCAUGGAUUUUCUUCUAUUAAACCUUCUUCUGUAGAGGAUACUGCUACUUUACCAAAAUCAGGUGUAAAAUCAUAUCUAGCAGUAAAAUUACAUCAAUAUAGCGCAAACGUUAAACUAAGCAAGAUUAAACUAUUAGAUUUAGACGGAAAUGUUACUCUAGAAUACCCUGUGGAGGUAACUGAUGAGAAAGGAGGACUUUAUGUAACUGAUCUCAUCGAUGUGCCUAAGGAUAUGUUCCGAAUUAUGGUGGUUGGUUAUGAUGUGAACAGCAAUGCAAUAAUAUCCAAGAUGGGACGCACGCCAAUCGAAGCCACUCAGUGAAUUCAUGUUGACGAGUGUGGCGUUAAAUUCAUAAAUAAAAUAUAAUAAGUAUGUUUUAUUAUAUAAGACUAUGUAUGCAUGAUAAAAGAUGAUAAAUAAAUAACACAGCAAAUAUUA